CGCGGAUCUGGUUUACGGCUUGGAGCGCAGGCUCCAGUGCGGCCGCUGAUUGGUCGCCGAAGGCUUGGUCCCAUCCCAGUGACCCCAAAGUGCUGGAAGGAGGGGGCGGGGGUGGCCCAGUGCAAAGUGCAUCCCGAAAGCCCCCUGUCGGGACACCCCGCUGCUGACACUUCGGACCCGGUACGAUUUGGGGUCUCCCUGUCCCCAGACCUCUGGAGUCCCUCGGUAGCUGGAAGCCUCCGGCCCGGCGCGCGGCAGACCCCUGGUCUGAGCCCCUGGACCGGGACUGCCCCCCCCCCACCCCCAACCCGAGCCGGCACUUCCUCCCUGCACCCCUUCCCGGAGGCUGCUCCGAGGCCAAGACCGCCACCUCCAGCCUGAUCGGCUAUCUGGAUGCUCUCUGGGCUGGGGCCGUGAAGCACCGAGGAGGAUCAGGAACACGGGUGUCCGGCCCUGCCUGGGCUGUUUCUUCAAUGGAGAAGUUGGUGAAUGUGGAGGAGGCUGAAAGGAGGGAGAGGAGCUGCAGUUGAGGAGACAGGUUUGAGCUGGCUGGAGGACACUCGCGAGCAGAAGGGGUCUGCCCACCCACCAGAGAAGCAGCUGGGAGAGUGCUUUGGAUCAGCAUCCUCUCUAAAGGUGAAGAAUUGCUCUGAGGCCUGGACACACUGGGAACCCCUUCCCCACGAUGCUGCUUGUACACGAUGGUCAUUAGACAACCUGUGUUCCUAGAGAAGAGUCAUUCUUCUGUAAGGCUGACUCCUUUGACCUAAUGACUGGUUGGUGAAAAGUGGACUCUGCUAGGAUGUUACACCACCACUGUCGGAGGAACCCUGAGCUCCAGGAAGAAUUGCAGAUUCAGGCUGCAGUAGCCGCCGGGGAUGUUCACACAGUACGGAAGAUGUUGGAGCAAGGCUAUUCCCCAAACGGCCGGGAUGCCAACGGCUGGACCUUGCUCCAUUUCUCUGCAGCAAGAGGAAAGGAGAGAUGUGUUCGGGUGUUUCUAGAACAUGGAGCUGAUCCUACGGUUAAGGACUUAAUCGGAGGCUUCACCGCUCUGCAUUACGCAGCCAUGCACGGCCGGGCCCGGAUUGCACGCCUGAUGUUAGAGUCUGAAUACAGGAGUGACAUUAUUAAUGCAAAAAGCAAUGAUGGCUGGACUCCUCUCCACGUGGCUGCCCACUACGGUAGGGACUCAUUCGUCCGGCUCCUUCUGGAGUUCAAGGCUGAGGUCGACCCACUUAGUGAUAAAGGUACAACACCCCUUCAGCUCGCCAUCAUCCGAGAGAGAUCAAGCUGUGUGAAAAUCCUCCUGGACCACAAUGCCAACAUCGACAUUCAGAAUGGAUUCCUGUUGCGCUAUGCUGUAAUCAAAAGCAAUCACUCUUACUGCCGCAUGUUCCUUCAGAGAGGGGCAGACACAAACUUGGGGCGCCUAGAAGACGGACAGACUCCUUUGCACUUGUCUGCCCUCCGUGAUGACGUGCUCUGUGCACGGAUGUUGUAUAACUAUGGAGCAGACACGAACACAAGGAACUAUGAAGGUCAGACCCCACUGGCCGUUUCAAUAAGUAUUUCAGGAAGUAGUCGGCCGUGUUUGGAUUUCUUACAAGAAGUCACAAGACAACCCAGAACCCUGCAGGACCUGUGCCGAAUUAAAAUUCGACAGUGUAUAGGCCUUCAAAACCUGAAGCUGCUUGAUGAACUACCAAUUGCCAAGGUCAUGAAAGACUACUUAAAACACAAAUUUGAUGAUAUCUGAUAUACCUGGACUGUGAGCAAGAUUAAGAGUUAUUCCAGACACUUAAAAGGCUCUGGGCCUUGCACAAAGUAUAUCCUAUGCAAUUUCUGAUUUGCUGUGAAGUCAGAAGGCAGGUAUACACUUUUAGGGUUUUUGUUUGUUUGGUUUUCAUUUUAGGGGAGGGAUUUUUUUAUAUAUAUAUGAACACACACACACCACGCUUGAAGGUCUUAAUUUGGUUUCUUGGUCCAAGUCUAUGAGGUCCAAGCCUUUCUAUACAAUACUGCAUUUAGAAAAAUUGUUUUUCCUAAAUGCACCAACACAGGCAGGUUCAAAGUGGAGGGUUCUCCCUUUUGAGCUCUGGUUUCAUUGGUGAACAAGGUACUAGAAACCAGUAGAACAUUUGUUAAGUUUGGAGGUCUCAGGCUCACCUAGUAGAUCCUGGGUGACGCUGGAUAAUUCCCUGCGAAGAAACUUACAGUAAUGCUAUCACCUCAUUCAUUUUUAACGAGUACAGAUGAGCUGUUUAAAAAUUCUUUUUUCCCUUCUAAUUAAUGUAGCUUUCCAAUGAAAAAAAGAAAAAAACCCAGUACCUCUGCUUCCUUUUGGUGUGCGCUAUUUUUAAAUUAUUUUUUUUUAAACAACUGUAGGACACUACCCUGAGACAUUGUGUUUCAACUCCUCUCUCUCUUGUUGAAUUGUGCUUUUAAAACAAAAUGAAUGGGGAAAGGAAUUCACUUUUUAAAGCCAGUGUAUUCUGUUUUAAAACCCAUGCCUCUUGUGCGGCUCCCUCUUGGCGUAGUCUCUCGGUCAGUCGGUCGGUCGGUCGGUCGGUCUGUCUCUCACUCCUCCCGUUCCUCGCCGGCCGGCUUCCUCGUGCCCCUCAGAGCAGGAGCCACCACUCCCACUCCCACUGCAGACCCACUGUGUGUCACCUCAACUCCACUUUCAGCGUUGCGUUUUCUUUCACUUUAAGGAACAAAUUUCAUAUCCUGGUGAUACAGUGUUCCCUAGAAAUAGCCCACAUUCUUGCUAAACCAUUUGAUUUUAAUGAUUAAAUAAUUUGGGGUGGUUUCAUGGUGUUUUUUGUUUGUUUGUUUUGUUUUGUUUUACUUCCUGGUAAUAUGUAUACAUAUAUAUUUUAAGGGUAAAAUCUCUAAUGGGCACUCUCGUGAUCCUGGCAAAUUGCUAAUAUGCUAAUUAAAUAUUUCCUGUCUGUUUUGAAGGUAGGUACAGUAAAGCUCUUCAAGACAAAUAUUUUAUUUUCUGGGUUGGUUGGAUAUGUGUGUACAAGAUAAACCUGGGUGUGGUGAAGGAUCAGUAGCAAAGGAAAAGGGCCCGUAGGCGCUAGGCAUCAGGGACGUGUCCUUGGACACACGCUCACUGCUUCAUUCGUCUUUAUGUUAGUUUGAGGAGAGCCUUUUCAAGUGCCCCGGUGUCAUUCUUAGUGCCCUGACAAAUCUUUUAAAUAUUUAUAACUGUUAAUAAAUUUGCUGUCAGAAGUUUGCAAGGUAAAGGGCUUCUCUUUCUUGUCAGAAUUGCCAGUUUGGGGGCGUCAAGCAAACACUCUUUCACCCCACAGUGGGAUUAAGCAGAAAUUCAGCUUCACCAAGUGCAGGCCCGCAGUGCUGUCUUCUCAAGCCUAGAGUGUGUCGUCUUGGCUGCAAAGUAGCUGUGACAUCAGAACAUGGAAUCUGUGUGCGCCUAGAUGGCGUAAAGAUUCCUGAACAGGCAGCUUGGAGAAGAAAGAUGAUUCAGGGAAUCGCUAGUGUGGCCCAUAGAUGCCUUCGGCAAGCUCGGGAGCACAUAGCCAAGUUCUAGCUGAUCCCUGAGUAGCUGGGAACCCAGUGGAUAGGGAUAGGUGUUUGUCGUGACUUUGUUGGAAAGGUUAUCUCCAAGGAGCUUCCCCUGUGCAGACAGCUGUGUUCUCAUUUUUUAUCCAGGAUCCAGGUCAAGGCUGGAGACUCAUUAACAGCCUGAGGGAUACCAUGUGACCAGUUACCUGAGUGUAACUUCUUUUAGAACCCCAAGCCCAGCGUGGGAAGUGGUGGGAGGGAGCCUGGAGCGUGCACUCGGAGCUGCCGUGUUAGUGUCCGGGUCGCACAGGGCUCAUAUAUGUGUGUAAUUUAUUCAGUGAGUUAGAAGUGACAUUCACUCCCCAGCCAUUCAGAGGGUUCUGAGCUAAGCCACUGAGACUGAGUCAGGGAAUCCCAAGUACAAAGAUCAUCGUAAGGCAAAUUCUUUGUUCUGUGUGCUGCUGUGACUUCAGAAAUACAAAUUAUGAGCGCUCUUCCUGGAAUCGAGAAUUCUAUUUAAUGAAGAAGUGUAUAAUUCCAUUAUUUAUUGUUUGAGAUUUGAUUUAUCUGGAAGCUUAAAAGAAUGUUCUUUGUUUAUUAAUUGAAUCCCAGUCGUAUACUGUAUCUGAUGGUGACUGAAAGGCUGUACAGUUGCUUAUGUGGCUGUGAUGACAUGUAGGUCUGCACUUGAAUUUGAUUAUCAGAGAAGCGUUCUGUGGCCAUGAGGAGAGAAAAAGAAGCAUUUUCAGAAACGCUGCCUAUUGGCUAUUCCAAAAUCUUGACUCAAAAUUUGCCACUGAUUCUUUUGUAUUUCUUUUGAAAUGUAUUAUUUAAGCCUAUUCCUAAAACUUUAUAAAAUGCAUUUGGCAAAUACACCAAAGAAACCAGCUCAUAAAAGAUUAUGAUCAUUAAUGAACUGCAAACCUCAUCUUUUGCAAACAAGGGUGUUUCUUUGUAAAUAUUUGUGUUUAUAAAUGUACAGCAGAGUAAAAGUGGUUUUCUAGAUUAUUUAAUUCCCAUAUUUCUAAACUAUUUACUAAAGAAUAACCCGGGCUCAUUAGUUUGGAUGACUGGGUGUUUUUUUUAAUUCAUUAUCAGUCAUGUUUGGAGCAACGUUUCGCUGGAGAAGUCAGCAUUCUGGCAGUGGCAGGAGUCACUUUUGGAACAUGAGAGAGUCUAGCAUGACCUGUUAGACUCACACCCUCAUAAGGCACAAGAGAGUGUAGCUUAAUGAGCAGAGUGGACCAUGAGCAGAGUGGACCAUACGAAAGCGCUUCUAACUUCCCUACUGAAUUACUCGCUAGCCCAGGAUGGGGUGGGGACGAGGCCGUUUGCCCACAAAUUUAGCUUUCAUGUAACUCCCAGUGUGUUGUAUCAUAAUAUAUUCUGUUCUUUCUUUGUAAUGUAAGUUUUGCUUUGGGUCAAUUUGAAUUAAAAAAAAAAAAAUCUUAAAUCUGGUUUAAAAAAAACCAU